AUGGAGUGCAAACCGGAGCUUUAUCCGCUUUGGCACUGUCAUGUGGACGCCGUGGAUCUUGCAGUUUCGUCUUUCCAGUACUACUAUGGAAAGCGGAGAUGCGAUGGAGAAGUCGUGUGGGAGCAGCAAGCACGGGUGCUCAACCCUCUGUUCCCAAGUCCAGUGCAAGAUGACGGCAUUUUCAAGGAAAUGACCAGCCAUUAUUUUACAAGCUGGAUGCCAUCCUUUUUUGGUCAGCAGGGAGACAGUCUGGAGAAGAAGCUCAACGACAAAUUGCUGGAUAAGAUUAAGCCGCUGGAGAGAACUGUGAACGACCUUGCAGCAAAGUGUUCAGAGCAGUCGGAAGAGACGAUGAAGAAGCUGGAGGUCCAGCUUGUGGAUGCCACCCAGAGCCUUCAGGUGCAAAUUGAGGGUCUGGAGACGCGCAUGACCUCGCAGGAGAAUCGGGCUGGCCGGGAGUUCAAACAGCUGCAGCGAAGCCUUGAUUCCGUGCUCCUGCCAGAUGGUUUGAUGUCGAAGCUGGACCAUGCAGUGGCGCAGAU